AUGCAACCCCCUGAAGGCCGGGAGAAUCUGACUUCAAGAAAAGCAGGGGGGUGCGGAGAGGAAGGGGGGAAGGAGGAGGAGGAGGAGGAGGAGGAGGAGGAGGAGGAGGAGGAGGAGGAGGAGGAGGAGGAGGAGGAGGAGGAGGAGGAGGAGGAGGAGGAGGAGGAGGAGGAGGAGGAGGAGGAGGAGGAGGAGGAGGAGGAGGAGGAGGAGGAGGAGGAGGAGGAGAAAGAAGAAAAGGGGGACGGGUUUGAAGAGGGGGGACUUGCUAGGAGAAGAAGGAAAGAAGGUUAG